CAGAUGCCGGAAGUGUGGGAGGCGGAUCCCGGCGCGGCAGCCGCGCCGCUCCCAGCCUGCCCUGCUCCUUUCCGGGGUCGCCGGCGCCGGGAAGAUGUUGCCUUUAUCCAUCAAGGACGAUGAGUACAAGCCGCCUAAGUUCAACCUGCUCAGCAAGGUCUCGGGCUGGUUCAGGUCCAUCCUGUCCGACAAGACCUCGCGGAACCUGUUUUUCUUCCUCUGCCUCAACCUCUCCUUCGCCUUCGUGGAGCUGCUCUACGGCAUCUGGAGUAACAGUUUAGGUCUAAUAUCAGAUUCCUUUCAUAUGUUUUUCGACUGUACUGCUCUACUGGCUGGAUUAGCAGCUUCAGUCAUUUCGAAGUGGAGAUCAAAUGAUGCUUUCUCAUAUGGGUAUGUUCGAGCAGAGGUACUGGCUGGUUUUGUAAAUGGUCUGUUUCUGAUCUUCACUGCAUUCUUCAUUUUCUCUGAAGGCGUUGAGAGAGCACUGGAGCCUCCUGAUGUGCAUCAUGAGAGACUUCUUCCUGUGUCUGUAUUAGGAUUCCUUGUGAAUCUUAUAGGAAUAUUUGUUUUUCAACAUGGAGGCCAUGGACACUCACAUGGCUCUGGGCAUGAGCACAGUCAUUCUCUGUUUAAUGGUGUUCUCAGCCAUGGACACAGUCACGGAGGUCACGGUCACAGCCAUGAAUCCAAACAUGGCCAUGGGCAUUCUCAUGAUCACAGUCAUGGGAAGAGAGACUCGCACAAUCAGGAUUAUUGUCAUGAUGAUCACUCUCUUGAAGGGGCUGCAGGAUCCAACAGACAGAUUUUAGAAGGUGUAUUUUUACACGUUGUCGCAGACACUCUUGGAAGUGUUGGUGUAAUCAUAUCAGCUAUAUUGAUGCAGAACUACGGUCUAAUGAUAGCAGAUCCUAUCUGUUCAAUGCUCAUAGCUCUACUUAUAGGAAUAAGUGUUGUUCCACUUUUAAGAGAGUCCAUUGGAAUCUUAAUGCAGCGAACUCCGCCUUCCCUGGAAAGUGCCCUGCCUCAGUGCUAUCAGAGGGUUCAGCAGUUGCAAGGAGUUUACAGUUUACAUGAUCCACACUUCUGGACCCUUUGUAGUGAUGUUUACAUAGGGACCUUGAAACUAUUUGUAGCUCCUGAUGCUGACGCCAAGUGGAUUCUAAGCCAAACUCACAAUAUUUUUACUCAGGCAGGAGUCAGACAGCUUUAUGUACAGAUUGACUUUGCAGCCAUGUAGUGAACAUCAUAAAUUGUGUUCUUUGGACCAAAGUUUUCUGGUACUGUAAUGAUAUAAAACAUAGUACUCUUCAAGACAGAGCCACCACCACCCCAGUUAACCAAGACCAAAUAGACUGCUGCCUUUUGGCUACUUCUGGAGUUCACGUUUAAGGAGUAAAAACUGAAAGGAUAUGUCCUGGACUUCUGGUCUUGUCUUUUGUGGCCCCCAAACUUUUUUCAUUUUUGUGGGUUUUUGUUUUUUUGUUUUUUACUUACUACAAUUGUUCCAACAGGAAACUAAGAUUGUGGGACUGCAAUUCCUGGUCAUGUCUUUAAUGAAGGGCUUGUCUAAAAAAAAAUUUGUUCAUAGGAAGCUGGGGUGUGAAUCUACUCUGCACUAGCCUUCUGCAGACUAACUGCCCAUGUGGCUCCUGUUAUAUGCAUUAACGGUUUGUUAGUGCACUUUGAUCUAGUCCUGCUCUAAAGAGGACUAGAUCUAAGCACAUGUCAGCAGGGUCCACAUCGACCAUUAGUCUCUGGCAGGCUAGCACUGAGUAGAUUCACACCCCAGUUCACAUGAACAAGCCUGAAAGCUGCUCGUUCCCACAAAACCAGUGUUAUCAAAAAUUGGAGCGCAGUCUUGUACAUAAUGUCACAAUGGGUGGCAUUCUUCAUUAUAAUCGUAUGUUUGUAAAAUUGUUUGUACUUUGCAAACUUAAUGAACCAAACCAUAUUGGGUUCUCAAAGUGCCUUUAUAUCAGAAGAAGUAUUUGCCAGCAUCAACAUGGAACAUGAAGGGUUUUUAUUACUUUUAUGGCUACAGCUUGUUCUUAUACAGUCACAGUCUUAUUCUUGCUAGUGAUGUAUGUGACUUUGUACUUGCAUACUUGUAGAUUUUAGACUCCCUUUUACUUUUGCAUCUUAUCAAAUGAACUGGAGUUAAAUUUGUUUAAUUUACAUUACAAAUUAAAGCUAUUGUGGGGAAACUUGCUUUCAAAACAUCUGUCUAUUUGAUAUAUUGUCCUAAGAGUUGUUUUAACCAAAUUAAAUGUUCAACCCUGGGUCUAAGUCUAUGAAUGAAAGUUUCUCUCUACUGUUAUAGUAAUUGGAAAUUGUAUUGCAAUAACCAUGUUCCUAAAGUCACCAUGCAAUAGAGAAAGGCAGUUGCAGCAUAAUGAUAAUAAUGGAAGAGCUGGUUUGCUUUUAUCUUUCAAAUACGGACUUAAUCUUUUUUCUGUCAAAGCUUUGCUGUGAAAAUUAGUCUACUAGGCUUUAAUAGACCAUUAAAGAGGUUGGAAGUAGUUACUAAACUGAGGAGAAGAGGGGAGAGGAGCUCUUCCUGGCAAAUGUAUCUGCAGUGGAAAUGAGAACUAUUGGAUGUGCUAUGUAAGGUCACAUUCUCUUAGUUGACCUGUUUGAUUCUGACAUGAGCAUGAUCUGUCUUAUCAAGGUCUUGUGUGUGUUUCCACACACUCACAAAGAUUUGUCCACAGAGCGCUUUCCAGAAACACCCAUAGUCCAUAUCUUUACUGGCACUUACAUUAAUUUAUAUUUUGAACUCAAAAUGAGUGUUAAAUUCCUGAGACAAUCCUACAACACCUGUACUGUAGAUGCAAUGCUUCCACUAAAAUUAGAUUACUGCAGUUAUCAGUGCAAAAUUACUGUAGUCUCUCAUUCCGUUUGAAUUCAGAGACUGAACAGUAAAGAUCCCUCAAGUGUAUCUUUGAUUUCCACAUUUGAAGCUGUUGGUUAGUCUGACUAGGACACAGAGCAAGAAAAAAGAAGUCUCCUUUUUAUUAUUCGGAAAUAAAUUUUCUGUUUGAUCGGAAACUUAUGAAUUAAUAAAUUUACACUUAAUGUACAGAGGUUAGUGGAGUAAAACAAGACAAGGAUGCUUACUUGAAAAAUCAAACAUGCUGCUGACUGGUACGAAUUCUAGGUAUUUUUCUGAUGCAGAUAUCACUGUCCUUGUAACUGAUUUAAAUACCUAGUAAUGGGUAGUAGUAAAACCAAGGAGCAUUGUAGUUCUAAUGAGUUCAACUUUAGUGACAGUUGAUGAGCACUGAGGAUGACAGAGACGACAGAAAUACCGGAGAUUGAAUUGCAGGGAUGGUUUGUAUAGUGCAAUGGCUUUGCUGCAGAUGUUACUGUAUUGUUGCAGUUUUCAUAUUACAGGGAUAAGCAGCUUCUUAAAUUCAGUGUUAUUCCUCCUGUAUGACUCACUGUGUCUGUAUUUUUAUAUAUAUGAAUGCUGCUCAGUUGCUAGUCUGUGCCUUGAGUUGAGCUCACCAGAUUGAUGCAGAUAUACGAGUGCUGAAUGAACUAAUAAUUUUUAAUUUGUACAAAGUUGUGAUUCAAACCUGAAGGUAAGACCUCUUCCAUUGCUUCCAUAAUGUCAUACACAUACAUGGACUGUGGGUAUUGUCUUUUGUUUGGGUGGUCUUUAACACAGGCAAUAAUGCAACAAUCCACUGAUCUUAAGGAUGGUGGCCUCUGUCACUUUGAGCCACCAUUUUAAAAGGAAGACCCAGCCUCUUUCACCUAAAUUGUACAAGCCAUAACCUCAAACUGAUUUUUUGGAGUGAUUAUGCUUUCCAGACUUACAGCUUUGAUUUGUUUCUGGGCUGAUGAGCAAAGCUUCCUAAUCAUCUUAAAAUACUUUUAACACAAGCCAAAUUAUUGGGGUAAGCUGCUUAUUGUGAAUGUUUUAGCUGAAUGUUUGUGGGAUGCUUUUUCAGUUGCUGUGACUUCCUAAAUGUCUUGCUGCAAGUGAGCAAUUGCUUGGAUGUUACUGUUUUUUUUUUUUCUCUUGUGUAUUUUAAAAGGACUCAAGAUGGUUAUAUGGCUAAUCUUCCUUGCCAAGAUCAGUAUUUGACUGAGAACAUAAUCUGUUUUCUGCACGCUGAGCUUUAAUGAAAAUUGCCCUUUAAACUACGUGUAACAAAGAUUAAAUUUUUCUUGCCUAGGAAGAUCUUUAAUUUGAGACUCGGGAGAGGAAUUAGGCCCAUGGUGUCUUGCUCAUGAGAAAUGCACAUUUUUACAAUCAAGAUGACUAUCUUAAUCGUGUUUGGGAUGGUUUGCCAUGUUAUAGCAAGAUGCACAUAACUUCCACAUUUGUUUUUGUAAAAUGUAAUUUAAAUGUGGUGCUAGUGUGUGGAAGCCAGUUGUUUGCUGUCCAGCAACAGGAUUGUGUUGUCAUUUCAAGUACAUGACUUUUUGGCUGAGUAGACUUAUUUUAAAAGAAUGUGCAAGUAAACUGUUCAAAAGAAGAUAGAUGGCAUACCCUGCAUUUUAAGUUGGUGUAAAUUGACUCCUGUAGCAUGGAGUCCAGACAGCAUUGGUUGGGCAGCAUAGAGGCCAACAAAUGCAUUUUGUGCCUUCAGGAUGCUCUGUCCUGGGCUAACUCUGGUCCAUUUUGGGGUAGGAUGCUUGUGAGGGACAGGUGUCAGGCUGAUAUAAACCCUGAAUGUUGAACAUCAAGGACUACUUACAACUAUUUUGUUUCAAAUGACAUUAGAUUCUGCUUCUAAUAUACUAAUGGAGGUGUUGUAAUCUCUUGACUUUAUCCUGAAUCCCUGCAGAAGAUGGUCUAUUUUAAGAAUGAUUGGGGGGGGAGGAAUUACAGUAGAACCUUGCUAAAUUUCACUUUUCUAAUUGACAAACCUGAUAACUGUCAAAAUCCCAUCUAAUUCUCCAUGAAGACAUAACAGCAAGGUGCUACAGUGAAUCUCAUUACUAGAAAUAUGUAUAAGAUUACUACCUACAAUGUUGCUUGGCAUUGAACAUAUUGUGGAGGAAAACAGGCCAUCCAUUGGAGUUUAUAAGAUCAGAUUGUAAACAGUUAAACAUGAAUAAAGUUACACACUGUGCGUGAGUGGCCCCCAAGUGAGGAGCUUAAGUAAAUCUAGUAUCUUUGCUACACUACAGUAUGGGUUAAGCUAGUACAAAAAAUAAGCAUGUCAGAAUAAUUGAACCAAGUACGUUUUUGUAAUGCAUUAUUGCAGUAAUCUGUAUUUGAUCUUCCAGUCAUUAACCUGUGAAAUUUUAAAAUCUAAAAUGUUUUAGACAGGCUGCCUGUCUAUUAUCAGAAUCAAGAACUCUAACUCAUACUCAAUAGCACUAGCUUCCACCUAAGAUUCACUAUUUUAACUAUAUUUGAGAUUGAUUUGUUUUACUUUUAAAAUUUAAGAAUUAAAAAUCUGGGUAGAGAAGGGAGGAAGGAAAUACCCACCAGUUCAGUACAGAUGGUAAGUAUCAAUGUAUUGUGGGGAUGCAAAUGAGAUACCUGGAGAAAGUGCUGUAGAAUAGCACUGUACUUCAAUAUUAUGCUAAAUUGUUUUAAUAGAACUUACAAGGAAAACAAUCAAUGCACUGCUCCGUGUACCUUCACACCCACUGACUUAUGGUACUGCAUAAUUCAGAUGUCAUAUGAGACCUUGAGGAUUGUAUGAAAUGGAAAAUAGAUUUUAAAGAUGUUGUAUUUUUAUUAAAUAGGUAUGAGAAUACAUCUAAGAUUGUUUUAAGUAUCAGUUCAGAUCAGCACCUUUAUUCAUGAACAACCUUGUCCUGUUUUCUUCAGUUAGCUUUUACGAUUAUAUUUGGUAUGACAGCUGAUUAUUUUUUAAACUGUGUGAUUUUUAGAUGGUAAAGGAAUAAUACGAUACAGAGGAGCUUUCUUCAACCCAGUUCUCUCAUUGUUAAUACUGGUUUUUCAAAACCAAAAUAUGGUGGUCUCAGACCCUACCUUAAUAGGAUGCUGCAUUGCAUACAAUAGCACUACCCACUCCUGCAGUGGUUAAUUCUCCCCAGCCCCAAGACCAGGGAUCCUCUUUCUGCUUUUUAUUUUUUUUUAAUUUUACUUCUCUUUUCCUCAAAGCCCUUGUGUUGGUGACCAUCUGUGUCUGGCCUUCACAGACAGGAGGUUGUUAUAGUAUCCUGUCAAAAGAUGCAGGUCAUUCUCCCAGGAUCUACUAGCAACUGAAAUUUUUAUUCAUCUCAAUAUGUGCAAAUGCAGAAUUAUCUACCUUUCAGGUUUAGUGAGCCACACUUCAAGUGUAAGUUCCUUCCUGUGGGUUAAUUUUACUCUUCACAGAAUGUUUGGCAGAAGCACUGUUGUGUAAAGGAAUUUGCAUAUUUCACUUCCACAUAUACAAAAACCUUGAUGGUAAUAUGGGCCAGGAUCUAGUUUGAGUUGAAAUCAGUAGCUACUGAAAGGGCUGGCUAGCACAUCAAGCAAUGUGAAUGAAAAAAUUACCAAAACCAUUCCUAGCAGCAACAGAGUCCUGUUUGCACCUUUCCAGUUAAUUUCAAAUACAUGAAGUACUCUUAUUGGUGUGCUUAAAUUUAAUAGUGUGGUAUUAGAACAUCUAUAAACAAAUGUUUAAGUAGUAAAUUGCUGAUUCUAAAUACAGUUGUGGAGACACUAUACUGUAACUUGGUUUGGGAGUGCUGACGUUAAGCCAUUAUGACUCGCCCCAAGUGCAAUAUUUAAAAUUUUAAUGUAACCUUUUUUCUACUUGAAUGGUUUAAGUAAAACAUUUCAUCUGAUGUAUUUGAAAAAGAUUUGGGAUCAAAUUUCCUUUCAAUAAAACUUGGUUUUAAAAACAAA